AUGUAUGUAUUCAAACCUUUUGUUUUCGAUGAACAUCUUCCAAACAGCAUCGCAAAACCUGAAGGAAGGACAAAAUCAAAAAUACGCUGUGAUGGAAAAAAUUUAUACAUUUACAGCGGAAAAGAUCCUCUUGUGAUGGAUUAUCGAGAAUUAGCUGAUGAUCACAUUUUUGUAGCAACAAAACCAGAGUUUCGUGAGAUCUGGAUGUAUAAUUUACCCUCACAGCAAUGGAAAUUAUUGGGAAAUGAAAAGUGCUUGCCGGAUAUAAAUGAUAAAGUUUUUGGGACUAUUUUUGAAUCUAAUUAUCUGGUAAUUUGUUCAAUAAGAGUACCUUUUAAUGACGCGCCUUCGAGCCGCAAGUGCCGGCUACAUAUCUGUAAUUUGAGCGACGAAAGUGUCUUGGUCCAAGGAACUAGUGGGGAAAUUCCAUACCCUUCGUUCGCAAAUAAUUUAAUUCGCCAUAAGAAAUAUUUUUUUACUGUAGGAGUCACUAGAGACCUUGAUAAUUUUUCAGAUGUCUAUCGAUUAAAUAUGGAGAAUGGUGUAUGGAACGCAGUUUAUAGGUGUAGAGAGCUGGACCCCAAUGAACCUUUAGGAAGAAACGGACAUACUUUGAAACUUUCAGCGUUUGAUUUAGAAAAAUAUCGAUGGACGACUGUGGACACUAUAGGAGACGAAGAGUCCACGCCACAUUUUCCAACUGCACGAGAGGAUUUUGGAGUUACACAAUAUACACAUCCCAACACCGGAGAGAUAAAUGUAAUUAUAUCCGGCGGCACUGUUGAUCAUAACGAUGCUUUUGAUGACGUCUGGCAGCUCAAUUUGACGAGUUUAAAGUGGACAUGUCUUGAGAAAUUUGGAACUGCGUUACCCCAUUCCGUUGAUAGCCAUUCAAUGAGUGUUUCUCCGACAGGGAAGCUAUUCACGUUUGGUGGAUUUAUUGCAGAUGAGAAGGCACAUGGGUCAUGUUCAUCUACAUUACAUUCGGCUUGGCUCACAAUCCCAAAACUUACUGAAAUUUGUUGGGAAGCUCUGUUUUUUUAUUAUCCAGAUUUGAAAUCUAUGACUGACAAAGAAAUCAACGCUCUUGGUAUUCCCUUACAAUUACUCAAACAUACUGUUAUAGGUGCCGCGCGACCUCAAGGUAGAAUAAGCUCAACAAUGUACAGUGAUGGGAAGCUUUUGUACGUUUUCGGUGGAUUUGAUCCUACUAGUGCCCGUUUUCAAGAAUUCUCGAACAGUGUGCCUCCUCCAACACAUAAGCCUGAUUUUCUUGAUCUAUGGGCUUACGAUUUGUCAAAGAGAACGUGGACUUUAGUUAUAGAUAAGGAUAGAUUACUAUUAUCAGAUUUAGUUAGUGACAAAAUAAUUACCGCAAUAUUUUAUCCGCAUUGCCUUAUGAUUUACACUUACGCCACUCAGCCUGGUUGGGAGCGAGUAGGUCGUAAAGUUGGUGUUAUUGGAUAUAGUUAUAAAGACAAAAAAGUUUCUACUCGAUAUAAAAUUGGAAAACAACCAAUUGAUUCAGCAGCAAGUAACAUGAUUAGUCAUGAAAAAUCUAUUUACGGAAUACGACUUGCUGGAUUUAAAAAAACCAGUUUUGAUGUCUAUAAAAUAGAUUCGGACACUUUAGAAUUCAGAGCCAUCUCUAAGUAUGAUAAAUCCAAGAACUGCACUUAUUUGGUAGCAUCUCAACAUACUUUAGCGUACGAUGAAAAGUCCAUUUUUGUUAUUGGUGGAUAUAUUCCUCUGGAUACUGGAGAAAAAUUUAUCCCUUUGAGAAGCAUUCCAGCGUUCGAUAUUAAAAGCGAAACUUGGAAACUUAUGGACACUUAUGAAGAUGAGAAACGGAAAUCAGAUGUUCCAGCCUUCCCAGUGGAAAGAGUGGAUUUUAGUAUAACGCAAUUUACAGACCCACACACCGGUGACGUAAAUGUUGUUAUAUUUGGAGGAACCCCGCCCCCUUGGGAACAAACAGAAAGAGGAACAGGAGAUAGAAAUGAUAAUGUUUAUACCGACCUUUGGAAAUUAAAUCUCAAAAGUAUGAAAUGGAAAUACUUGGGAGUGAUACCAUCUGAAAUAGGUACUAAACCUUCUGUGACCGUUUCACCUUAUGGUCAGUUAUUCAUCUUUGGAGGAAUAAUAAAGGACUCAAACGGCGUAAAUAAAUCUUCGUCGGAGAUUUAUUCAACCUGGCUCUAUGUUCCAGACUAA